CAGCAGACAGUAUGGCGGACAGCGAAAGUGAUUUGGAAACAGAGGGGCUCGAAUUAGCUCUGGACACUUUAUGUAUCAGAUACUGCAGCGAGGAAUCGUCUCGCACGAGUAAAUGCUAUUGCUCCGCGUUUUGUGAGUUGGUUGAAGAGUACACGGGGCAAUGGCAAGUUCCUCUCCCUCAACUGAAGGUCCUGCGGACGGCGCUCUGCAGCUUCACCAAAUCCACUGCUGCCUUUCCUGAUGAUUGUCAGCACAUCCACUAUGUUCUCAGCAGUCUGGCCUUGAGCUACUUUGAGCUGAUGCUCUUUUUCAGCAAAGAAGAAUUUGUGGAACUGCCUUUAAAGGACAUCCUUGAUUCUUUUCAGGAGUGUAGCACUCAGCUCCAGAGGCACAGGAACAUCUACCUUCAACAUGUGAAGCAGAUCAUCAAAGCAGGAGGCCCAUGGGAAAAUCCGGUGCUGCAAGGAAUCCUGAAGGAGGUGGACUUGUCACCAAAAGAAGUUGAGGACUACCUGAGCUCAGAGUUACCCGUGUUCUUUGAGCUGCGGGUUCGCUAUUUGCAAGCCUGUGAACGAAUGCAAGAGGCCAAGGCGUUGGCUAAAAGCUGCCUGGAGAAUCGUGAGGCUGGAAAUCAUCUUUUCUUCCAUCAAGCCUACCUUACCUGCCUCUACAAAGCUUCAUUACAUGAACAUCUUCAGAAGGAGAUGGCAGAGAUAGAUGGCCGUGACGCUGUUGAGAUCAUCUGCAACACAGAGAAAGUUGAAAAAGAUGAGCUUCUGUUGUCGCUGUGUAAAGCUUUCCUAACCCAACAGCUACACAAUGGAGACAUGUACUACAUCUGGGACCUGGUGUUCAUCUGGAGCAGGUUGCACCUUCGGGCCCAUCCCUCCAGACAGGGGUUCUUGGCUGAGUGUUUGCAGUUGGCUUCCUCUGCUGCUAACGUCAGAGCUAUCUUCCCCUUUAUCAAACUUGUCACUACUGAGCUGGGGGUUGAAGGAGUCCAGGUCUGCGUGGAGCUUUGUGCCAGGGCGUUGCAGCUGUGUGACAUGCCAGCUGACAGUGCAACCCGGUCCCUGGUCUGCAAGACCAUCGCCUUCCUGCUGCCCCACGACUUGGAGAUCUGUCGAGCGUGUGCCAUGCUGGUCUUCUGUCAGGAACGCAGCCUGGAAGCAUACAGAACUGUCUGCCUGCUCUACAUGCAUCCUGACCAGGAGCAACAUCCCCACAGCAACCCUGUGCGGACCAGUGUGCGCUUCCAUAUUCUGCAGAUGCUUAAGGAGCGCUUGUGUUUCGACCCUGAAUUUUGGAACCUGCUGGCCAUAAGGACCCAAUGCUUGGAGUUGAUGAGCGACAAGGUUAUGAAGGCUGCCGUUCUAGAUGAGAUGAAGGAGGAAGAAGAGAAAGAAAACACAGAAGAGCUAUCAAUGAAUACUUUUGUAAAUGACUCGAUCACUCAAGAUUUCAAUAUGUGCCCGUGCACUGAAGCUGCUGCUGUGACUGAAGAGCCGACUAAAGACGGAGAGGCGUUUAAGAGUUUGGACCCGUCACAUAAAUCUCUUUUGAAGAGAAGGAAAUGGAGGAGAGCGCUGCGGCGGAAAAAACAAGUGAUAUCUGAUGACGAGGCAGACGUUGGUGAUGAUCCAGAAUUCAAAUACAAUCUCAAAUCUUCAGGCCACAAAACCAUGUACUCACUGAGACGAAAUCACACCAACAAGGAAAAUUCUGCAGCUGUAAAGCGUCCUCGAGCCUGCAAAAGAGAAUACUUGUCUAGAUGUGUGAAGAGCCAAAUAUUGAAAAGGAAAGGCCGUCAAAGAUGGCUGCAGGGCCUUCCGAGGUUUGAGCCGGUACAGGUCCAGGUCCAGGUUCAGAAAGUCAAAGUUCCGGGGAAAAAACGGGGCCGGAAGCCUUUGCAGAAACUUGAGCUCUCCUACCCUGAAAAUGAAAUUUCAAUAACAGAGGAGGAGUCAGGUUUGGAGAAGAUAACUGCCACAAGAAAUAAGCUGGAAAUGCUGCAGCGGGAGAGUGAACUUGGAUUAAAAAUUGAACCGGGGGAGAGAACCCUUGAGCAGAUGACUGAGCCAAAUGUGGAGAAUGGACACGAGGAGCACACAGACAUGGACUGUAGUAGCAGCCUCAAUGAGCAGACUGCAGAGACAUCUCCAUCACAGCUUGUCGAAGGUCCUCCAAGUGAACCCCGAGCUGCUGUUGAAGCUGAACCUGAGCUUGAUGGUCCACCCUUAGAGUUAGUCGACUGCCCAAUAGAACAGUUACACAGCUACUCUCUUAAAUCUAAAUGUCCUGACAGUGAGAAAUCACAGCCUCCAGAAUCCUCUGCAUCCGAGGAGCUUAAUGGUGGUGACGCAGAACAGACACCCCAAUCCAAAGAGGAAACAGAAGCGUCAAACACUAAGGUGGUAGCCAAGAGAACGUGGAGGGAGAGAAUGCUCCGCACUCAACAAUACGCUCACUUGAAGUUUCACUGCAAAAUGUGCCGCAAAGACUAUAAAGGCCUGAAUGUAAUGAGGCAUGCUCUGUCGCACCUUAAAAGAAGAAAAUGCAUACUCUGCGGGAAACGCUUUAAACAGAUCACCUGUGCCAAAAAGCACGUUUUGGACCACAUCGAUGAAAUGUGCAAGCAGAAACCUCUCGAUAGCACGUCGCCUUCUGAGGAAACGCCAGCUGAAAAUGGAAUGGAGAACAAUGUGGAAAGUCCAACCCGGCCUCCGGUUAAAAGAAAAGUCAAGGAGAAAGUGUCAGACCUCCAGAGGGACAUUCGAAUCAUCAGGAACAUCCGCACCCUCAUCAAAAAGACGUCGGUGCUUCACAAAAAGUGCAAGAACCCAAGCGUUAACAUAAAUGAACUGGUAGACUUCAAGAACGAGCAGGUGGUCAUUAAAGAUGGAGUGGUGAUUGUCAAAGAUCAACCUGUGAUCGAGGGAGAGGAGGAGGGCCAGUCAGCAGGACAAAACGGCUACGUUGCGGACAAGAAGUACCACCUGUGUCCCUCCGAGUCUUGUGAUCGGGUGUUCUUGAGGAUCAGCAGCACACUAAUGAGGCACGCUGUCAAAUGCCAUGUUAACGAAGAGGCGGUGCUGGAGAAGGUCUUUGUUUGGGCCAAACACAAGUGCAUGCUUUGCCUUAGGAAAAUACAGUUCCUCCAGCACUAUAAGGACCACAUGAAGAAGCACGAUGAUCCUCUCCAGUUCUUCUGCUACCAUCUGGACUGUAACCAGCGCUUUUUGACACAGCAGGAAUUCAAGGACCAUGUCAGUACCCACCAGCCCCUCAGGCCUCAGUGUCCAUAUACAGCGUGUGAGAAGCUAUUCCCAAGCCUGCAGUGUCUUUAUGACCAUGAAUGGAGACACUACAUCCCAACACCUCAAAGAGACGAGCUCGAGAUGGGACCCAGUAGACAGAAGGAAAGUGCGGAAGCACCAUGGAAGCAGAGGGUGAAGGUAGAGGAAAUAUGGCUGCAGAGUAAACCAGAGCAGAGGGGGAGUCCUGUUCCUGAUCAUGUUGAGGCAUCUAAUCUUGAGGAUUGCAGAGAAACGAUCAAAGAAGAGUUACAAACGUCUUCACAAUGUCUAACAGUAAUCCCAGGCAGCAGUCAAGACCAGUUAAAACCUGAAAAUUGUUCAGAGAACGAUCCAGUGGAUGACAGCAAAGCUGCCAUUAACGGACAUGUGAAUGAGACAAUGAGCCAAGUGUCAGGGGGGCAGGUCUGUACUUCCUCUACUGGAGCUGCUGCAGCGACUCCAACUAAGACUUGUCCCAAAAAAACACGUGCCGAGUUGGACCCCUUGGAUGUGAAAAACCGUGAGGAUAUGUCCUUUACAGAUGAGGGAAUCCCGCAGGAACUGGGAGCGCCAAAGAUCACGGAGCACAAAACAUUCAAACCAGAAGAUCCCGCCUUUGUGGCUUCAGUAACGGCGCCUUUCAUUCGUCCACCACCCUCCACCUACCUGAAUGAAUCUGUGAUCUCAAUGCGCAAGAGGAGGGCCGAAGAAGACGCUGCUCCCAAGAAAAUAGUCUACUGGAGGCAGAAUAAAAAGAAGGACGCUGUAACGAAGCCCGGGGUGGAGAAUACUGUUCCUGAGCACAAGAUCAGGCAUCGCUGUGUGAAGUGUCUUUCCUCGUUCAGCACGGUAGAAGAAUUACAGAAACACCAAGCACUCAACACGUGCUCUGCACUCUUCGGCUUCGACUCUGACGAUGAAAGUUAGUGGAAAGUGAAAAGGACGUCUAACCGGAGCGACCAUUACACUCUGCUUCCAGGGUCAGGACAAGUAUUCAAGAUAAAGGAACACUGGACUUAUUCUUGUUAACACAUGUGUAUUCAGAGACGUAAAUGUGCCAAAAGGGUAGUUUGAGGACUUUUUUUCCCUCUGUACAUUUAAUCAAUAGAAACUUUUUUAAGCAAUAAUUUUGACAACUUAAUCUAGUUUUGUACACCCCCCCUUUCCCCCCCAAAUCAUAAUCAGUGUGAUCUUUGUCAAGUGGAUAAAACUAAAACAUUCUAAUCAUAUUCUCAGAAUCUACAAUAAGUAAAUAUAAAUAUAUAUUCACCUUUUGAAAGAUAACGAGUCUCAAAUAUGGCCAUGGACAAAUUACUGGAAACCAAACACAAAUGUCUGUACAAACACUGCUAGGUGCCACCUUCCAAUGCAGACUUCCUAUCCUAUCAGUUUGACCUGUUCAUACAGAGAAAAUGACUAUAUGAGUCAUAUACUGAAUCCUUUAAACAGUAAAGGGGGACCAAGUUAUCAUAUGGUUCAUUUUUCUCAAAUGAACAUUUAAUUUAAACUUAAUCAGGCUUUUGCCUUUCUGGAACAUUUUUAAAUACAUGAAAUCACUAAAUGAACUCAUUUUAUGAACAUUUUUUCUUGACUUCAGCAAAUGGUCCCAACCAGUGUCUCUUCAUGGACAACAAUAAUCAACACUAUUUUAAACAGUUAUUAAAGAUGUGUUGUGAUCUUCAGGCUUAGUUUGCCUCGUGGGUAGAGGGUCUCCAUUCAUUUUCACAUGAACAUACAGUAUGGCUCUAUAUCUGUUAGGGUAUGUCUAAAACAGUAUUAUAACUGGCUGCAGUUUAUGAUUUCAACUCUCAACUAUAUGCUGUACUUACAGUGUAGAUUUUCCAUUCUAUUUAUUGUUAGCAUUGUGUACAUUAACAAACUGGUGGUUAUGUCCUCUCUGUCCACAUCUCUACAAUGGAACUAUGAUGGUAAUAAAUCAGAGGAGCCUCUACACUGAAAAAGAAACUUUGAAAUGUGUAAGAGGUUGUGUUGUCAGUAAUCUUAGUUCUGGCUGUCGUCCUCUGAAGUAAAGCAGGAUAGGCUUUAUUUAAAUUGGUCUUCCAAUCAUCAUGAUAACAGGAACUUACUCCAUGAAGCCGUAACCAAAAAGUCUGAAUCCAUGUAAGUC